CAGUUCUGACAAAUGGGUUAGAAUAAUGAAAACAUGAUGGGAAAUGGUUGGGUGCUUCACUGACUAAUUGAACAGGAUCCUUGCAAUUUAUUCUAUGAUACAUGAUUUUUCACAGCCACGGACAAACACAUUCUGACGCUCUUUCCUGCCCUCCAUCUCUUCAGGACUUCUCAUUUAAGUAACUAACCAUCAUGUCUGACCCUGUUGUUCUGCGUAGCAUCAAGAGAUUGGGAGAGGAUAACUCUGCUUUUGACUUGGAUGGCAAACGUAACAACUUCAAGAAAUCAGAGAAUUUCUAUACAUAUGAAGAACCUUUUCUAGAGAAGAAAAGUGAAAAGUCAUCAGAAAAGAAAGAAAACAGUAUUCGUGUUGGCUUCUUUCAGCUGUUUCGAUUUUCUUCAUCUAUGGAAAUUUUAAUGAUGGCUGCUGGUAGUUUCUGUGCUAUUGUUCAUGGAGCAGCCCAGCCAGCUGUGUUGCUUGUGUUUGGUGCAAUGGCAGACACAUUUAUUGAAUAUGACAUUGAAAUGCAAGAGCUUAAAGACCCAGGCAAGACAUGUGUAAAUAACACCAUAGUGUGGAUUAAUGGUACUAUUCAUCAGAACGAAAAGAACGCCACAAUAAUAUGUGGGCUGCUGGACAUUGAACAAGAAAUGACCAAGUUUGCAGGUUACUAUGCAGGAAUUGGUUGUGCCAUACUUGUGUUAGGAUACCUCCAAAUCUGCCUUUGGGUUAUGGCUGCAGCUCGUCAGAUACAGAAAAUCAGGAAAGCUUAUUUCAGGAAAGUAAUGCGAAUGGAUAUAGGCUGGUUUGACUGCACAUCUGUAGGAGAACUGAACACCCGAAUUUCUGAUGAUGUUAACAAAAUUAAUGAGGCUAUUGCUGACCAAGUAGCAAUCUUUAUCCAGCGCUUAACCACCUUUGUGUGUGGAUUCCUACUGGGAUUUGUCAGUGGCUGGAAAUUGACCUUGGUUAUCAUUGCAGUAAGUCCUCUGCUUGGGGUCGGAGCAGCUGUCUAUGGCUUGGCUGUGGCAAAAUUAACAGGCCGAGAAUUAAAGGCUUAUGCAAAAGCUGGAGCUGUGGCUGAUGAAGUGCUGUCAUCCAUCAGAACAGUGGCUGCUUUUGGUGGGGAGAAGAAAGAAGUUGAAAGAUAUGAUAAGAAUCUGGUGUUUGCUCAGCACUGGGGAAUUCGAAAGGGAAUAAUAAUGGGAUUAUUCACUGGUUACAUGUGGCUUAUAAUUUUCCUGUGUUAUGCAUUAGCAUUUUGGUAUGGCUCUAAACUUGUCCUUGAAGAAGAAGAGUAUUCACCUGGCACUCUUCUGCAGGUUUUCUUUGGUGUUUUAGUAGGAGCUUUAAAUCUUGGUCAGGCAUCUCCCUGUCUGGAAGCCUUUGCCACUGGCCGUGGGGCUGCAGCAAACAUUUUUGAGACAAUAGAUGAAAAACCCGCCAUUGACUGCAUGUCAGAAGAUGGCUACAAGCUGGAUAAAGUACGAGGUGAAAUUGAAUUUCAUAAUGUAACAUUCCAUUAUCCCUCCAGACCAGAUGUAAAGAUUUUGGAUAACCUUAAUAUGGUUAUUAAAGCAGGGGAGACAACAGCUUUUGUUGGAGCUAGUGGAGCUGGAAAAAGUACAACAAUACAGCUCAUCCAGCGUUUCUAUGACCCCAGUGAUGGCAUGAUUACCCUGGAUGGCCAUGACAUUCGUUCCCUUAAUAUCCAGUGGCUACGCUCACAGAUUGGUAUUGUUGAACAAGAGCCAGUUCUGUUUGCCACCACAAUUGCAGAGAACAUUCGCUAUGGUCGGGAUGAGGCUACCAUGGAAGACAUAAUCAAAGCAGCCAAACAGGCCAAUGCUUACAAUUUUAUCAUGGACUUGCCGCAGCAAUUUGACACUCAUGUUGGAGAGGGUGGAAGCCAGAUGAGUGGAGGUCAAAAACAGAGGAUAGCUAUUGCUCGAGCUCUUGUGCGAAACCCGAAAAUCCUGCUACUGGAUAUGGCUACAUCAGCACUUGAUAAUGAAAGUGAAGCUACUGUCCAAGAAGCACUUCAUAAGGCUCGCCUUGGCCGCACAGCAAUCUCAAUAGCUCACCGCCUGUCAACCAUCAAAGCUGCCGAUGUCAUUGUUGGGUUUGAGCAUGGAAAGGCUGUGGAGAGAGGAACUCAUGAGGAACUCUUGAAGAGGAAAGGGGUUUAUUUCAUGUUGGUGACCUUGCAAAGCAAAGGAGACACAGCACUUAAUAGAGAAGCAACAGAAACAGAAGAAAAUAACGUGGUUGAGCCAAAUCUUGAGAAAGUCCAGUCAUUCAGCAGAGGAAGCUAUCAGGCCAGUUUGCGAGCUUCACUUCGGCAGCGGUCCAGAUCUCAGCUCUCUAAUGUGGUCCCUGACCCUCCAUUAUCCAUUGCAAGAGAUCAUGCAGAGUCUAUGUAUCUUAUGCCUUCUCAUGGAGAAGAUGAUGAACGAGCAAAAAAGGAGUCUGUUGUUGCAGAGGAAGAUGUCAAGCCUGUACCAUUUACCAGAAUUUUGAAAUACAAUGCCUCUGAAUGGCCAUACAUGGUGCUUGGAUCUCUGGCAGCAGCUGUGAACGGAGCAGUCAGUCCACUCUAUGCUUUGUUAUUCAGUCAGAUUCUUGGGACCUUCUCCAUUCUUGAUGAAGAAGAACGAAGAAUCCAGAUCAAUGGUGUCUGCCUACUCUUUGUCUUUGUUGGAAUUCUUUCAUUUUUCACACAGUUUCUACAGGGAUACACCUUUGCCAAGUCUGGUGAGCUGCUUACAAGACGGUUAAGGAAAAUUGGUUUCCAGGCUAUGCUAGGGCAAGACAUUGGUUGGUUUGAUGACCAGAAGAACAGCCCUGGUGCUUUGACUACAAGACUUGCAACAGAUGCCUCACAGGUCCAAGGGGCAACUGGAUCACAGAUAGGAAUGAUUGUGAAUUCCUUUACCAACAUUGGGGUGGCCAUGAUCAUUGCUUUCUACUUCAGCUGGAAACUGAGUUUAGUUAUACUGUGUUUCCUGCCGUUUUUGGCCUUAUCUGGAGCUGUGCAGGCUAAAAUGCUGACAGGAUUUGCCUCUCAGGACAAGAAAGCGCUGGAAGCUACUGGACAGAUUUCCAGUGAAGCCCUCUCUAACAUCAGGACUGUCGCUGGGAUAGGGAAAGAGAAAAUGUUUAUCAGCAACUUUGAGAAGCACCUAGAUAUGCCCUAUAGAGCUGCAAUCAAAAAAGCACAUGUUUACGGACUCUGCUUUGGCUUUGCCCAGAGCAUAGUGUUCAUUGCCAACGCUGUCUCUUACAGAUAUGGAGGAUUUCUAGUUGACACUGAAGGACUCCAUUACAGCUUUGUGUUCAGGGUGAUCUCUGCUAUUGUGACCAGUGGAACUGCUUUGGGAAGAGCUUCUUCCUAUACCCCAAACUAUGCUAAAGCCAAAACAUCUGCUGCACGCUUUUUUCAACUGGUCGAUCGGCUUCCUAAAAUCAGUGUUUACAGUGAAAAAGGGGAAAAAUGGGAUGAUUUCAAGGGAAGCAUUGAAUUUCUUAACUGUAAAUUCACAUACCCUUCUCGGCCUGAUAUUCAGGUCCUGAAAGGACUCUCUGUAGAUGUUAAGCCUGGACAGACUUUGGCAUUUGUUGGAAGUAGCGGCUGUGGUAAGAGCACCAGUGUCCAGCUUCUGGAGCGUUUCUAUGACCCUGAGAAAGGAAGUGUGUUAAUAGAUGGACACGACACCAAGAAAAUAAAUGUACAGUUUCUUAGAUCAAAAAUUGGAAUAGUGUCCCAGGAGCCUGUGCUAUUUGACUGCAGCAUUGCUGAUAAUAUCAAAUAUGGCAAUAACACCAAAGAGGCGGCGAUGGAAAAAGUCAUAGAAGCGGCCCAGAAGGCUCAGCUGCAUGAUUUUGUUAUGUCACUGCCUGAUAAAUACGAAACCAAUGUUGGGGCUCAAGGAUCCCAGCUGUCUCGUGGGCAAAAACAACGCAUUGCUAUAGCGAGGGCCAUCAUACGAGAUCCUAAAAUUUUAUUACUGGAUGAAGCUACAUCUGCCUUAGACACAGAAAGUGAAAAGACUGUGCAGGCAGCGCUGGAUAAGGCCAGAGAAGGGCGUACCUGCAUCGUCAUUGCCCACCGCUUGUCCACGAUCCAGAAUGCUGACAUCAUUGCUGUGAUGUCACAAGGACUCGUCAUUGAAAGGGGCACUCAUGAGGAACUGAUGGCCAUGGAAGGAGCUUAUUACAAGCUUGUUACCACUGGAGCCCCAAUUAGCUGAAUUACUGUGAUUCUAAAUUUGAAAGGUUUCUUUUCCAUAAGCAAAUACUCUGCGGUAGGUAUGUGUAUGUUGGUACCCCAUUGUGCUACAAAGUGCUCUGCAAUAGUGUGAGUUCUGUGGUACCCUAAACGUAUGUAGCUUUCUGCAUCAAGCACGUGCACGGGACUGAGCAUAGGCUGAUCCAUUCAGGAAGUAGCUCAGCCCAGUGCUAAGGGAAAGCAAGCCUGAAAAUGGGAGAGAUCGUUGCUGGUGAGCUGGGGAGCUGCCACCACCUGCAGUCAGAGUGCACAGUCCUGUCAGUCCUCAACUAGCAACCAAGGAAGACUCUGCUCUGGUGUUCUGGAAACUGCCACUUCUCUAGGUAAGCCGUAUGAAUAAAAAACAAUCCCAAGCAUGAUACUGUAUACCUGAAGGGAUCAAAUCUCUCCUAACGUUCAGCCUGCGGAGGAUUACAACAAAUACCCUUACUGAGGGUACAGAACCCUCACCCUUCCACCCCUUCAUACCAUACAUGUCAGCUGUGGUGCUGGGGGAGGCUUGGCUUCCUUCCACUGGGUGCAGCUACAGCACUAACACAUCAGCGCCCUGGGCCUGGCGUCGCCGUGCCCCUUCAACAAAAUCAUUUAGUACUUACAAAGAAGGCAGCUCCUGAAAAGUAACGAAAGCAAUAAGGGAGAGGAACAGAAGCUGGAGAGGAUCAUCUCCCCUACACUUCCCACUGAUUAAAGCUGUGAAAUAGAUUUUUGAAUAGGAAUAAAUGCUUUUGUUAAAUCAAUGUAAAAUCCUACAGUUAAUCAUCACAGUUAUUUAAAUCACUUCUACUGAGAUGGUGAUGGAUAAUAUGUAUAUCUUUUUUUCAGAAGGCAAGACAAUGACGAGUAUUUUUACAGCAAUCAUAAAUAUAUUCAGUAAAGGUGGGGAAAAAUAGCCAUAAUUAGCCCUUUGUAUUAAGCAGAAUUGAUAAACAGAGCAACAAUUCAUUCAGAAAUGACAAAGGUCAGGAAGCAUCUUCUUCUGGCAGGAGCUUGUUAUCUGUAGCAGUAUAUUGUAAGGUCUACUGCAUGUGUCUGAAAUAUGUUAUUGGUUAUUAUCUGCAGGACAACAGGACUCUUUAGUGACUGGGAUCGUGGAAACAAAUCAGAGAUAGACAGAAAGUCUAAAUUACAGUUUCAAAAUUUAAAUCUUCAUUUUGAAUAAUAGAGUAUUAACUGGAAAAGUCAUUCUCCAUGUCCUAAAAUCUGCAGUUGGGGGUGCAGGGGUUCACCCACUUUAUUAUAAAUCGCACCACAAUGGAGUAUCUUAUAAAACUACACAACAGUACCAACUGCUGAAACUUGAAUACAGCUGUAAGGGUGAAACCUUUAUUGGGAUACAUCCCUUUAUUCCAGGCAGGAAAAACCAGUUUCAACUUUGUACAACUCCAUUAAUAGAAUUACUUCAACAGACCCUACUGAAAUCACAUAGCUGACACUGAAAUGCUAUUUUCCCAAGCAAGCCUGUAUUUUAAUCCUUAACUGAAAAUGAAAAAGGAAGCUGCAUUAUUGGCCUUCUCUUUUAAUCUUUUUAGCCUUUUUAUGUUUCAGAGCAAUAAUUAGUUUGGAUGGCUCAGGACUGAAACUAUUGGCAGAGCAACUAUCAAUAACCUAUUGACAUACCUAUAUGAUAUUUAAUUUAUAUUAAUAUUAUGGCCAUGGAAAAAUAACGACUAUUAAAAACUACAAUGACUACAUGUACUUAUUCCAUAAUUCUUUUGCCUAAAGGACACCACUUUCGUGGCCCAAAUUAUACCAAUAAAGUGUAUUUUUUACUGGC